CAGCUGGAUGGAGCCAUGGUCCCUGCGCUCCUGCUGCUGCUGCUGCCGCUGCUGCCGUGGCCACAGGGCUGCGUCUCAGGACCCCCCGCUGAGAGCGCAUACACAAAAGUGAGGCUCCUUGAAGGGGAGACUCUGUCUGUGCUGUGCUCCUACAAAGGCUACAGAAACCGCGUGGACGGCAAGGUCUGGUGCAAAAUCAGGAGGAGAAAGUGUGAGCCUGGCUUCACCCGAGCCUGGGUGAAGGGACCCCGCUACUUGCUGCAGGACGAUGCCCAGGCCCAGGUGGUCAACAUCACCAUGGCGACCCUCACGCUCCAGGACUCGGGCCGAUACUGGUGCAUGCGCAACAGCUCCGGGACCCUGUACCCCAUGCUGGGCAUCCAGCUGGACGUGUCUCCGGCUCCCAAAACUGAGAGGAACACUCCUUUCACACAUCUGACCAACAUCCUCAAGAGUGAAACUGUUACAACUGGCCAAGCCCCUACCUCAGGCCCUGAUGCCCCUUUCACCACUGGCAUGAUGGUAUUCACCCCGGGACUCUUUACCUUGGCUACCCUCUUGGCCUCCACCGGACCUGCCUCCAAGAGAGGCUACAGCUUCACUGCUACCAGCACCACCAGAAAGGGAUCCGGGAGCACCGCGGAGUCUCAGACAGUGACUGCGUCUCCCAGCAAUGCCUCCGCUGGAGAAUCCGUCUCCACUAAGUCUGGUCACCCCAGCACCAGGUCGCCCACCACAGGGCUCUGCCUCACCAGCAGGUCUCUCCUCAACAGACUACCCUCCAUCAGGCACCAGGAUGAUUACUCCACUGUGCUUGUGGUGGUGCUGACCUUCCUCCCAUUGCUGAUGCUGAUCGUGGUCUAUGGGUUUUGGAAGAAGAGACACAUGGGAAGCUACAGCAUGUGCAGCGAUCCUUCUAGACGUGACCCACCUAGAAGGCCAGAGCCCCUGUGGAAGCCUGCUUGA